GUUGCCACUGCUUCCGAGAGUGAUCCAUAGCCUACUCUCCCUUGACUCAGCAGGCAUCAUGGAUCAAAACCAUGACACUGGUGGACGAUUUCAAAACAGAGGUUUCCAGAGUCAAAAUGAAACACUCGGAAACUCUGGAAACCUUACAUCACCUCGAGACGCUACACCGUGUGCAGGGGGAUUUGCCAUGGUUCCACCAAACGAAUCAAAACGAGAUAAACUGCUGAGGAUGAGACAGAAAGAAGAAGAAGACUGGAGGAGAUUUAAAGAGGAGAAUAAACAUGGCCCAGUACAAAUUCACCCAGAAAGGCUUGGUGGUUCUACAGCAAUGGCCGAUGUUAGGCAGAAGCAGCAGAUGGAGUUACAUCAAGCAAGACCCCAGAAGAAGCUUAGGAAGGAGGAGUUGGAAAGGAAACGGAGACAAGCUGAAGAAGAAGAUAUUCAAAGAAAGAAGACCAUACAACGUGAGAAGGCUGUUAAACUUGAGAUGAAGAGACAGCGAGAGGAUCAAGAGAGAAAAGAGACGUAUCGUCAUGACCACCUGAUGAGGCAAGAACAGCUUCUUCAAAGGGUUGAGCAGACCAGGUUACCCUCUGUGAAAGCAGGAAGAUCCAUGCCAGCAUUAUCUGGGAAUGUCAUGCCAGUGGAAAUGAUCAAAGGAGAUGAAGAAAGGGAGCAGGAGCUGAAGAUGGAGCACAGACGUACAAACCUGGCUUUCCUGGACCGACUACAGGCUGGUGCCACUAACACAGAUCAGGCAUUUGGAACACAGUAUGGAGGUUGUCAGUUGAAGCAAGAGCCACAAGAGGAUGCUGUGUUAUCUCCAGAACAUAUCCACACCAACAUUAAAGAGGAGUCUGAUGCUGACUUGGAAUGGGUGGUGAUGAAGCUUUUAAGCUAUUUCCCUCACUGUGAGAAAGCCUUUGUGGAGGAUAUUGUCAGUCAGUGCAACAGUGACUUCCAGCAAGCCUAUAAUCUUUUGAGUGAAUGACAGAAUUUCAGGAUGACAUAAAUUAUGUGUUCUCUUUAGACGUCUUGCUUUUCAAGUUCCAAGACUCCAAGAAAAUAUUAACUGACUAUUUAAGUCGAUAGAUAGAUAGAUAGGUAGAGAGAGACAGAUAGAUAGAUAGAUAGAUAGAUACAGUGCCCUCCAUAAUUAUUGGCACCCCUGGUUAAGAUGUAUUCUUUAGCUUCUAAUAAAUUCAUUUUUUUUCCAAAUAAUAUAGGACCACAAUUUAAAAAAGCGUAAAAUCCAACCUUUAAUACAAGUGCAUUUAUUUAGAAGGAAAAAAAUCCCACAUUAAGAAGUAAUUAUUUUACAUCAAAUCAUGUGUGCCACAAUUAUUGGCACCCCUGAUGUUAAUGCUUUGUACAACCCCCUUUUGCUAAUAAAACAGCACCUAAUCUUGUCUUAUAAUGUUUCACAAGAUUAGAGAAAACAGGAAGAGGGAUCUUCGACCAUUCCUCUUUGCACAAAAUCUCCAAAUCAUCCAAUGACCUGGGUUCUCUCCUCUGCACUCUCCUCUUCAGCUCACCCCACAGGUUUUCAAUGGGGUUGAGGUCUGGGAACUGAGAUGGCCAUGGUAGGAGCUUGAUAUGGUGUCUGGUGAACCAUUUCUGUGUAGACUUGGUCAUAUGUUUAGAGUCAUUAUCUUGCUGAAAGACCCAGUGACGACCCAUCUUCAACUUUCGGGCAGAGGCCACCAGAUUCUGAUUUAAAAUGUCCUGGUAUUUCAAAGCAUUCAUGAUGCCAUGCACCCUAACAAGGUUGCCAGGCCCUUUGGAAGAGAAACAGGCCCACAGCAUCACCGAUCCUCCCCCAUACUUCACAGUGGGCAUGAGGUGCUGUUCUGCAUACUCAUCUUUUUGUUACGCCAGACCCACUUAGAGUGUUUGUUGCCAAAAAGCUCUAACUUUGUCUCAUCUGACCAAAGCACACGGUCCCAGUUGAAGGCCCAGUACCGCUCCAGACAUUUGUGCUUAUGAUUUUGAGUGAGAGGUUUUUUUCCGUGCAUGCCUCCCAAACAACUUGAUGGCAUGUAGAUAGCACCUGCUGGUUGUUUUGGAGACUUUGUGAUCCCAAGAUGCAACCAUUUGAUGCAAUUCUGUAACAGUGAGUUUUGGAGAUUUUUUUAUUUCUCUUACCAUCCUCACUAUGCAUGUGGCAGGGUAGGUAGGUAGGGUAUGGGCAGGUGUGCGAGUGGCUAUUUUCUUGUAGCCAUUGCCUUACUUGAGAAGGUCGACACACAUCUGCCUUACUUGAACAGUGUGUUCCUUUGUCUUUCCCAUGUUAAAGAGAAAUGACCUCUGUGUCACGUCAUAUUUAUAGCCCAGGGAAACAGGAUGUUAAGAAUUACUAAUUAAAUGUUCCUACAUACUCUGAUUGACUUUGUAAACUACUGUAGAAAUGACAGAAAUUACAGAAAUACUUUAAUUACAUUUAUUUCCUAGGAAUUGUUAGGGGUGCCAAAAAUUGUGGAGCAAGUGAUUUUAUGAAGAAUAAUUAUUUCUCAGUCAGGGAUUUUUUUCCCCACCUUAAAAUUCACUUGAGUUGAAGGUUACAUUUUUCUACAAUUUUCAGUGUGAGAGUAUGCUUCUACAAUAAAAAUUGUAUUUAUUUUAAGGCUUUUAACGCAUCUUAACCAGGGGUGCCAAUAAUUGUGGAGGGCGCUGUAGAUAGAUAGAUGGAUAGAUGGAUAGAUGGAUGGAUGGAUAGAUAGAUAGAUAGAUAGAUAGAUAGAUAGAUAGAUAGAUGGAUGGAUGGAUGGAUGGAUGGAUGGAUGGAUGGAUGGAUGGAUGGAUGGAUGGAUGGAUGGAUGGAUGGAUGGAUAGAUGGAUAGAUAGAUAGAUAGAUAGAUAGAUAGAUAGAUAGAUAGAUAGAUAGAUAUUGGAUAUAUCAUUGUGUCCUUUAUGAUAAGGUGGGGUGGUCAUCUUUGACAGAGAGCAGACAAAAUCAUUGGUAUCUGUUUAUUUACAAGGGUAUUGUUGGGAAAUUACCAGGUUAUAUUUCAGACAUGCUUAUGUGGAAUUCUGGUCCCUAUUAGACUAGAUCAAAUGACUCUUUGAUGCUCAAGGUUCCUCGUAUCCAUUCUGAGUUGGGAAAGUCGGCCUUUUGUUAUGGUGCCCCUACAUCCUGGAAUAAUCUUCAGUGUAAUAUAAAAAUUAACUCUAUACUUUCCGAUCAAUUCAGAUCUGUAAUCACAAACCUUCCUAUGUCAAUUUGUACCUGUUUUAAGUAAAUGUCUUUAUUAUUAUUAGGCUAUUAUUAUUAUUGUUGUUGUUGUUAUUAUUUUAUUCAUAUUUUAUGUAUUUUUCCCCUCCUCUAUAAUAUAAGGUUAUCUUAUUAUUAUCUUAUUUUAACAUCUCUUGUUCCUUCAUUGUUUCCGUAAUAUCUGUAAUUGUUUCGUUGGAAAUGAACCCUCAAUGACUCUCCGAGAAUAAAUGAAGGUUGAAUAAAUGAAUGAAAAAUAUACAGUAUGAUAGUGUAUGUCACUUGUGGUCAUACAUUACAAGUAUUGAGAGAAAGUUUUGUACGAAGGCAGAUUUGUGUCUUUUUCAAUCAUAAAGAGUGUGCUUCAAUCAAAAAAUAUAUAUUCAAUCAAAAAAACAUACACCUUUGUCAAAGAAAACACAUUCAAUCAAAGAAAAAAAGUGUUUGAAUGCAAAAAAAAUUGAGACUCAAAAAAUGCCUUUGAACACCAUUUUUGCUUUGAUUGAAAAUGUUUUUUGUGAUAGAAGUGAAAGUUUUUUUGUUUAAAGCAGCUUUUUUGAUUGAAGUAAUGUUUUUUUGUGUUUGGGCCAUAAUAUGGGUAGGACACAUUUGUGUCUUUAUUAUUCAAUAAAAAAAGAUGUUGCUUCAAAGAAAAAAACAAAACAAAAAAAAUUCAAUAUAAAAACCCCAACUUCAAUAGAACUAAAAAACAAAAACUAUUUCAGUCAUUGAAAAAUGUUCUUGCAUGCCAAAACUAUUUGAGACCCAAGGAAUUGAAUUUGAACCCUUUUUUUCUUUGAUUGAAAAUGUUUUCAAUCAAAGUUUUGAAUUUUUUGAAUUUUGAUUGAAUUGGCAGACAUAUUUGACUGACAAGGGUCUACACCAAACACGUCUUUCUGACCAACAACGCUGACUAUUGUUAACAAACUUUAUGUAAUCUAAAUAUCUAACAGAAUAUGCUUAUUACAAGAUAACAAUCAUUUGAAUACUGCUUCAUGUACUUACCAACAACUCCACCACAGCUCUCUUUAGCCUAGUCCCUGGCUUGCCGGCAACCAUAAAUUCUCUGCCAGGACUUGUUGUUCAGAAAGACAUGAUUGGUGUAGACCCUUAAUUGUCAGUCAAAUAUGUCUGCCAAUGGGAAAGCAUCCGCCCUCUGCGGGACGUUUGUGUCAAAAUGAUUCAAUCAAAAGAAAAAACACUUCCAAACUUUUAUUUAGACUUGUUUUUUCUUUGGAAACAACCUUUUUUGACUUUGAAUAGUAAAGACACAAAUGUCCUACCCAAGACAAAAAAGAUUGCUUUGGUCAAAGGAAAUAUUUUCAAUUAAAGAAAUUAACUUCAAACAAAGAAAACAUUUUCAAUGGAAGAAAAAAAGGGUCCAAAUGCAAUUCUUGGGGUCUCAAAUAGUUUUGGCAUUCAUAAACUUUUUUCAAUAACUGAAAUAGUUUUUUUGUUCUAUUGAAGUUGGGGUUUUGAUAGAUUUUUUUUGUUUUGUUUUUUAAUUUGAAGCAACAUCUUUUUAUUGAUUUUUUUUGUUUUGUAAAAGCAUUAUUUUGAGUCUCAUUUUUUUUGCAUUCAAACACUUUUUUUUCUUUGAUUGAAUGUGUUUUCUUUGACAGAGGUGAAUAUUUUUUUGAUUGAAGAUAUAUUUUUUGAUUGAAGCACACUUUUUAUGAUUGAAUAUUAAAGACACAAAUCUACCUUCAUAGUUUUGUAUUAUUUUGUGAUCCCAAUGCUGUCGUUUUCUGCAUUUGACUCAAUAAAAAUACUCUUAAUACA